AUGGCUAGGUCGAACAGGUCUUCUUCUAGUGCCUCCGUAGGAAACAAUGGAUCAACUCAGUCAACUGUACAGGCUAAAAAGCCUAGAACACCAAGAACUAGGACUUCAGCCGGUCUCAGACUAGAGGAAAUUGAUCGACCGCUUAUAGUUCCCAUUGGCAUGGCAUGGGAAAGGCACCCAUACAGCGCUCGUGAUCCAUCAACGGUGUUAGGUGCCUUAGUGCGCCAGAUGUAUCCACCGCCAAUUGGUCCAAAAAAUGAUCAGAAACCGGUAUUGUGUUGGGAGGACUACAAGUGGUCCCCUGGUCCAGAAGUAAGAACAGCAGCUUCCAAAAUAGUGGAAGAAUUUUGGUGGCGUUUCAAGUGUGACCCAUCGGAGCAAGAGAAGGCAGAUGGUGUUUUGGAGGAGAACUUAACUAGGAAAAAACUCAAAACCGGGAAAGACCCUGGAAUUUCUGGUGCUUGGCUUCACACGCACAAAUUGCAUCGAGGGACUGAUGAAGAGCAGAUAUGCAGUCAAAGAACUGCUGAUCAUUGGGAGGAUUUUGAUAAGGCAAUGAAAAAUGCCCAUGGAGAAAAUUGGGAAGAGGAGCACCCGGAUUUAGAUGGACAAAUCAUCUAUGAAGCAGCAGGCAGAAUGCCACAUGGCAGGCUGGGAAUUGCUAAUGAGUUGUUUAGCAAAGCAGAGAAGGCGAAGUUUAAGUCUAAAAGGGUGAUGGCCUCACAGCCGGUGCAAUCUGCUAAGGAGGAGCGUCUAGAAAGAGAAAACAAAUAUUUGAAGCAGGAGAUCAAGCGUCUUCGAGGCAUUGAGCUUGUUGUUCAGUCUUUGGCUGAGAAAGGGGGAGUCGACUUUGAUGGCAUAAUGCAAUCAGCAACAGAUGACUUGUCUCCAUCAUAUUCUGAAGGCGGAUUUCAAAGGGGACGAGGUGAUGUGCCUCAACACCAAACCGAAAAGGGAAUGGGAAGCAGGACUGGAGGCAGUACGAGUCAUGGAAAUGAUGAUGAGGACGACGACUAUGGCAAUGGGGGAUAUGGUAACUAUGGCGAGGGUGAUCUGUAUGGUGAUGAGCACUAUGAUCACUAUGGUGAUGGGGAAUAUGAUGACUAUGGAGAUGAGGAUGACUAUGUCUAUGGCUAUGGCGGUGGCGAUGGCGAUGAUGAUGAUUGGCUAUAA